AUGGCUACCCCUAGUGUCCUCGCUUUUGACGCUGAGGGUCGAGCCAUUGACUUUGAGGUCUGGGUCAACGACCUGCAGCUGUUUUUACAGUGCGAUAGGGCGGACAGUCUUUCUCUCUUUGACCUCACCUCUGGCGCCUCCCCUGCUCCUGCUGCUGAUGCUGACCCCACUCUUCGCUCUCAGUGGGCCACCCGCGAUGCUCCUGCACGUCUUGCUGUGCGUCGCCACCUGCCGACCACUGAGCGCGCGCACUUUAGUCAGUACAAGAGUGCUCAGACCUUGGACCACUUCCUCUCAGUCUGUCCCACCACCCUCACUAUCGACCUCCUCAAGAAGGCCCUCCUAGCGGCGGAGAAGAGCAUAGUCGCUGUAGGAGCCUCUCGUGGUGACCCGCGCACCCCCAUCUUUGAGGGGUGUUCUCCUUCCCCCCUGCUGCCCUCUGUUGCCUCUGCUGCUGCUGCCGACUUGCUUGGUCUUGAGUCGGUCGGCGCGGCGUCUGCCCCUAGCGGGAGACGCCGCCCUGGCAAGGGCAAGGGGGGCAAGGGCGCGGGUGGAGCUGGCGGGGGAGGUGGAGGUGGCAGUGGCGAUGGCGGAGGGAGUGGGGGUGGCGGUGGGAGUGGUGGUGGGGGUGGUGGUGGUGGUGGCGGCAGCGGAGGCGACGGCGGUGGCGGCGGCGGCGGUGGGAGCGGAGGCGGCGGUGGUGGCGGAGGUGGAGGCAGCGGUGGCGGAGGAGGUGGAGCCGGUCGGGGUAGUGCCCCGCAGCGGAGCGGCUCUGGUGGUGGUCAGCGCCAGCAGCAGCAGCAGCAGCAGCGUUCUCGGGACAUCCCCCCGCCUCAACAGCUCCGUGAGUGGUACACGCAGCGUCAGCGUGGUGGGGGUCUUGGCCCGUGCACCUACGUUCUUCGUUCCGGCGACCGCGCGGGUGAGCAAUGUGGGGGUGGCCACUCCACCCAGCGCUGCUUUCGCCGCCUGACGGACGCUUGGCGUCAGCAGUUCCCCGAGGCUAGUGAGAUUCCCCGCUGGGGAGAGCUGUCUAGUGCUGGUGUAGCGAUCUUUGAUCUUGACUUUAAUGCUAUCCUUGCUGCCAUGUAUGCUGUGACUAUUAGUGAUGAGGGUGACUGUUACCGGUGUUUCCCGCCCGACCCGGGCAUUGGUACUGCUGCGCUAGGUGCUUGUGAGGCUACUGCUCUAGGUGCCAGUGCGUCUGCACUCUCAGGUACUGGUGAGGCUGCGCUCUCAGGUACUGCGUCGGCUUCGGCCUCCCUCACCUUCACAAUUGACUCAGGGGCUUCUCGCUCCUUCUUUCGAGACCGCACCACACUCACGCCGCUUGGUCGGCCGGUUGCAGUCUCCCUGGCUGACCCCUCUGGGGGUCCUGUCCUCUCUCACUUCUCCACUGUCCUCCCGUGUCCGGCUGCCCCCUCGGGCACCCUGUCGGGUCUGUACCUCCCCUCGUUCUCGACGAACUUGGUGAGUGGUGCUGACCUGCAGGAUGCGAGGAUUCACCAGUUUACUCCUGCGAGUCAGCGGGUGACCCACUGCUCGGACGCCCGCACAGGCCGACACCUAGCCACGUUUUCGCGUCGGCCCGGGUCGAGUCUCUACACCCUGACCACUGAGUCUCCUUCAGUCCCUGCGUCUGGCCAGGUAGCUGCGUCGAGUCAGGUGUUUGCUGCUGCGUCUAGGUCUGGUCCUGAGUCUGCCCCCUGCUCGUGUCGCCUCCUGUCUCACGAGACUCUCUUGUGGCACCACCGUCUUGGCCACCCCUCCUUGCCUCGUCUUCGGGGCAUGGCUUCCCGUGUCCAUGUCUCUGGUCUCCCCCGAUCUCUCCCUCCCCUUCCUUCGGGGCCAGGACCUUCCUGUGUCCCCUGUGUCGAGGGGCGGCUCCGGGCUGCCCCUCACUCCUCCCAGUUUCCCCCGACAGAGGCUCCUCUGCAGACGCUUCACAUGGACGUGUGGGGCCCGGCCCGCGUCCGUGGUCAGGGUCACGAGCGCUACUUCGUGCUGGUGGUUAACGACUACUCGCGUUACACCACAGUCUUUCCCUUGCGUAGCAAGGGCGGAGAGUUCUCCUCUGGCCUUCUGCGAGCCUACUGUCGUGCACGAGGCAUCCGCCAGACCUUCACGCUUCCGGACUCUCCACAGCAAAAUGGGAUUGCUGAGUGUCGCAUUGGCAUGGUCAUGGACGUCGCUCGUACGUCCAUGAUGCAUGCGGUUGCCCCCCAUUUUCUGUGGCCGUUUGCGGUUCGGUACGCGGCGCAUCAGCUCAACCUUCACCCCAGGGUCUCCCGGCCGGAGACCUCCCCAGCUCUGCUGUGGACGGGGAAGGUCGGCGAUGCGUUUGCGUUCCGUGUCUGGGGAUCUCGGGCGUUUGUCCGCGACUUGUCUGCGGACAAGCUCUCCCCUCGUGCUGCUCCCUGUGUCUUCCUAGGCUUCCCCCCUGACGCCCCAGGGUGGCAGUUUUACCACCCCUCCUCUCGUCGGGUUCUGUCCUCCCAGGACGUCACGUUCGACGAGUCCGUCCCCUUCUACUGCCUCUUCCCCUACCGCACUCCUUCCCUCCCCCCGCCACCGCACUUCCUUGUGCCAGGUCCCCCCCCGGUAGACCCCCUUCCCCCUCAGGGUCCUGCCCCUUCAGCUGUGUCCCAGGUAGAUGCAGUCGAGCCGGUCGAGGUUGCUCGUGACUCAGGUACUUCUGGGGGUGCUGAGCCUGGGGGUGCUGAGCCUGGGGGUGCUGACUCUGGGGGUGCUGAGUCUGGGGGUGCUGAGCCCGGGGGUGCUGAGCCUGGGGGUGCUGCCUCUGGGGGUUCUGAGCCUGGGGGUGCUGAGCCUAGGGGUGCUGACUCUGGGGGUGCUGCGCGCGUGGGUGCUGAGCCUGGGGGUGCUGAGCCUGGGGGUGCUGCGUCUGGAGCUGCUGAGCCUGGAGGUGUGGAGCCUGCAGCCACUAGACCUCCCCUUGAGCUGCGUGAGUGGUUUGCUCGCCGCUGGAGGCGUACUGCUGGAGCUGGCGCUUCUUCGGCCGCUGAGGGUGCUGGUGCCGCCGGUCCCGGAGCUGCUGGGCCUGCUGGUCCGCCUGGAGCUGGAGCUGCUGAGGGUGUUGGUUCUGAGACUACUACUGUCCGUCCUGGUGGUGGUCUUGCUGCGGGUGCUUCUGGUGCUACUGGAGGUCCUGCCGCUGGAGGUGCUGUUGGCGCUGGUGCUGCCGGAGGUGCUGAGGGUGCUGGUGCUGUCCCUGCUUCACAGUUAGAGCCUGCCUCCCCACUGCCUGCUCCCUCUCCUUACACUGGUCCUAUAGGAGGUCUUACUGAGCGUCGUGACCCUGCGUCUCGUCCCGCGUCGCCUAUCCGUACUGCUCGCGCUAGUGGUCGUGGUUCGCGUCAGCGUCCUCCUCCUGUCCCUGGCACGCACCGGAUGUCUCUGCGUCCCUCCACUGCUCCUCUGCGUGCCCCUUUGCCUUCUCCUCCUGAGUCCUCUCUUCCUGCGCUUGCCGACCCGGCGUCGGACUCCCUUCGUGCUGCCAGUCCUACUGUCACGUGUCUCCUUGCUACUGUCGUCACUGACCCCUCUUUUGAGUCCACUGCUGCGUCUGCUCUUGUUGCUGAGCUCGUCGACUUUGCUGCUCGCUGUCGUCUGGACUACGGUGCUAGUCUUGUUGCUGAGUCUGCAUCUGUCUGUCCUCCGUCCGUCGGGGGUGAGUGUGCUCUUGGCAAGGACGUCCUUGAGGACAGGCAGGAGGAGUUUCAGUGUCUGGCUGCUGCUUCACCUCAUCUCGCGUCUAUACUGCUUGCCCCUGAGGGAGACCCGGAUGCACUAGACAUCCCGACUCCGCGCUCUUACGCGGAGGCCGUAGAGGGUCCCUACUCCUCUCAGUGGCAGGCAGCUAUGGAUGCAGAGAUGGCUUCCUGGAAGUCCACAGGCACCUACGUUGACGCGGUUCCCCCUCCUGGGGCGAACAUCGUCAGUGGGAUGUGGAUCUUCAGGGUGAAGCGGCCGCCGGGCUCUCCACUUGUCUUCAAGGCGCGGUACGUGGCUCGUGGCUUCAGUCAGCGGCAGGGAGUUGACUACUUUCAGACCUUCUCUCCCACCCCGAAGAUGACCACUCUUCGGGUGCUGCUGCACAUAGCCGCUCAGCGCGACUACGAGCUCCACUCUCUUGACUUCAGCACUGCUUUCUUGCAGGUCUACGGUCUCCGCCAGGCACCGCGUGAGUGGCACGACACACUGAGGACUACGCUUGCGGCUCUUGGGUUUGCUCCCUCUACUGCUGACCCGUCGUUGUUUCUGCGCACCGACACUUCUCUGCCGCCGUUCUACAUCCUCGUGUACGUCGACGACUUGGUCUUUGCCACAGCGGACACUGCUGGACUCGCCUACGUGAAGUCCGAGCUGCAGAAGAGACACACGUGCACAGACCUGGGUGAACUGCGCAGCUACCUUGGCUUGCAGAUCACUCGGGACAGAGCACGCCGCACCAUUACCUUGACUCAGUCACACAUGGUGCAGCAGGUCCUUCAGCGCUUCGGCUUCACGUACUCCUCGCCUCAGGCCACUCCUCUGCCUACUCGCCACUCGCUCUCAGCUCUGCCUUCGGAUGAGUCCGUAGAGUCGAGUGGCCCGUACCCAGAGCUUGUUGGCUGCCUCAUGUACCUGAUGACCUGCACACGACCUGACCUUGCAUACCCUCUUAGCAUCUUGGCACGCUAUGUUGCUCCUGGGAGACACCGACCAGAGCACAUGGCUGCAGCGAAGAGGGUGUUGCGCUACUUGUGCAGUACGUCGGGCAUGGGGCUAGUGCUUGGAGGGCGGAGUCGAGUGGUCCUCACUGGGCACGCGGACGCUUCUUGGGCUGACGACCAGGCUACUCAGCGGUCGUCACAGGGUUACACCUUCAGUCUUGGUUCCGGCUCUGUUUCGUGGCGGGCUACUCGCUCGUCUUCUGUUCUCGGCUCCAGCUGUGAGGCUGAGAUCUACGCCGGGGCCAUGGCUGCUCAGGAGCUUCGCUGGCUCACCUACCUGCUGACUGACCUUGGAAAGCCGCCUCGUUCUCCUCCAGUGCUGUACGUAGACAACAAGGCCAUGCUGGCCUUGUGUCGAGAGCAGCGCCUGGAGCACAGAACGAAGCACAUUGCUCUCCGCUACUUUCUUGCUCGUGAGCUGCAGCAGCGUGGUCAGUUGCGACUUGCGUACGUGGCCUCUGAGGCCAACACUGCUGAUGUUUUCACCAAGGCACUUCCGCCUUGUGAUCAUCAGCGCUUUCGCACUCAGCUCGGACUUGUCCCAGUCUUGCCUCACUUGCUCACCUCUUGA